AUGAACCGAUAUACAACUAUGAGACAACUAGGAGAUGGUACCUAUGGGAGUGUACUUAUGGGAAAAAGCAAUGAAUCUGGAGAGCUGGUGGCUAUCAAAAGGAUGAAAAGGAAGUUUUAUUCUUGGGAUGAAUGCAUGAACUUGAGAGAAGUUAAGUCACUGAAGAAACUCAAUCAUGCCAAUGUGAUUAAAUUGAAAGAAGUUAUCAGAGAAAAUGACCACCUUUAUUUUGUGUUUGAAUACAUGAAGGAAAACCUCUAUCAGUUAAUGAAGGACAGAAACAAGUUGUUCCCUGAGUCAGUCAUCAGAAACAUUAUGUAUCAAAUAUUACAAGGGCUAGCUUUUAUCCAUAAGCACGGAUUUUUCCAUAGAGAUAUGAAGCCAGAAAAUUUGCUUUGUAUGGGUCCAGAACUUGUGAAAAUUGCUGAUUUUGGUCUCGCAAGAGAAUUAAGAUCACAGCCACCAUAUACUGAUUACGUAUCUACCAGGUGGUAUCGUGCUCCUGAAGUUUUGUUAAGAUCUUCAGUGUAUAGUUCCCCCAUUGAUGUGUGGGCUGUUGGGAGCAUAAUGGCUGAACUAUAUACGUUGAGACCACUUUUCCCAGGUACAAGUGAAGUAGAUGAAAUCUUCAAAAUUUGCCAAGUGUUAGGGACUCCCAGAAAGAGUGACUGGCCAGAAGGAUACCAGCUUGCAUCCUCUAUGAAUUUCCGCUUUCCACAAUGUGUUCCUAUAAAUUUGAAAACUCUAAUUCCCAAUGCAAGUAGUGAAGCUAUACAACUUAUGGGUGAUAUGCUGAAUUGGGACCCCAAAAAACGGCCAACAGCAAGUCAGGCUUUAAAAUAUCCAUAUUUUCAAGUUGGUCAAGUAUUAGGCCCUCCUCCGCAGUACUCAGAACCAAAGCAAUCUGUGAAUAAACAACUUCAACCAAUAGAGCCAAAACAAUCAUUCGUUGAAUUAGAACUAAAGCCUUCACCAGAUGAGCAGACCCAGCCACAUCCCCAACAAAAAAUUAGUCAUCAACCACUACAACCAAUUCAGCUGCCACAGAACUUGCCUUCCCAGCAGCCUUCAAAACAACAGCUUCACCAAAAACAUCAAGAGCCAUUAUUUCCAAGUAUCGUCAAAAACUCAUCACCUAAGCACAAUGUUGCAGUGGGUCAUAAAAAUGGUAGGAGGCGUUGGGGUCAGACUGUGUUCAAGACUGGAGAUAGCUGGGAAGAUGUUGACGACUCUGAUUUUGGAGCUUCACAUUCUAAGAAGCCCAGUAUAUCUGCUCCAAAAGAAAAGAAGAAAAAGGAUUUGGCAUUUAGUAUACCUGAACUUGUACGCUCAGGCUCCAAUCAGUCGGGAAGAGAAAAUAAGAAUUUGCCUGCUGCUUUCUUUAAAACCGACCCUAAUAUGUCAUCCAGUUCAGCUGCCAAACAAUACUAUUUGAGGCAAUCGAGGUAUCUUCCAGGUGUCAAUCCUAAGAAUGUGUCUUUGUUGACCAGUGGAAAAGAAGGACAUCCAUAUACCUGGAAUAAUUCACUAUUUUCCAAACCAUUGGGGCCCAUUGGUACAGGACUUGCUUUCAACAGGUCGAAUGCAGAAGAAAGCAUAAUUAAGCCAAUUGAAAAGCUAUCAUGCAAAGAAAUGUUACCUGAAAAAAUAGAGGAAGCAAAAGGAAAUUUUGGAAGUUAUACUACUUAUAAUCAGCCAGGAUAUAUCCCUUCAUUUCACAAAAAAGAAGUUGGCUCAGCUGGCCAAAGGAUACACUUAGCACCCCUUGGUUCCACAGCUUCAGAUUAUGCCUGGAACACUAAAACUGGUCGGACCCAGUUUUCAGGCCCUACUUACAAUCCUACAGCAAAAAAUAUAAAUAUUUUAAAUCGUGCACAUCCAGUUCAUUCAGUGCAUGGAAGAACAGACUGGGUGGCCAAAUAUGGAGGCCAUCGGUAGAAGGGUUGUUUCACAAUGCCCUCCUUGUUCUAGUACAGUAUGUUCAAUUACUAUACUCUGGGAGAUGUCUAC